AUGGAUUUGGUUGACAUUGUCAAAGGAAUAGUAAAUACAAGAAAAGAUGAUGACAUCAACGACCGCUUUAAUCACUCGUACACAGCAAUGGUCCUCGUCUUGUUUGCAGUGGUAGUGACCACCGAAAAUUAUGUUGGCAAUCCAAUCAAGUCGAAUAAUGAGACAUCGGGCAUCAACCUCCAAAAUAUUGUCGAGAUUGGGGAAAAGUACCACGAAGCAGAAACCAACGAAAACAGAGACGAGCAAAUCAAACUUAUUACCAGACAUUUUAAUCGCUAUUUUGGGCUUAAACAACGAUGCAAGAGUGGAUCUAUCAUUUGGAAAAAAUCGCUCAGUGUGACUUAUUUGGCCACAAAAAUGUUGUAUUUCCUCAAUGCUCUGGCUCAGUUCAUAAUCACCGAUCUUUUGCUUUCCAACGGCAACUUGAGUGUCUAUGGUGUUACUUUAGUGAGGGAUCUUCUGUCUGGGAGGACACCGGAGUCUAUUUUCUUCCCCAGACAGACUUUGUGCGACUUUUAUGUCCGAGAAUUGGGAUUGGAGAUUAUUGGGACCAGACAUACUGUUCAGUGUGUCCUUUCUAUCAAUUUGUUUUUGCAAGCCAUAUUUUCAUUCUAUUGGUUUUGGCUCCUUCUGGUCCUUCUCUAUAAUCUUUCUAACACAUUCCAUUGGAUGGUCCACCUUUGCUCAAAAAGCAAUUCUCGUUCUUAUGUCCUCAAACACAUUCGUCAAGAACUUUUACUCAAUUCCAGUCUCGACAAGUGUUGUAGAAACGACCCCCAGAUUAACAAAUUCAUCGACCAGUACCUCCAGACUGACGGAAUCUUUGUAUUGAGACUGAUUUCCCGAAAUAUCAGUGAUAUUGUUAUGACUGAUCUCACGAGCGCCCUCUAUGAAAAUUUCAAAAUUAUGGAAAGUGUGUCUAACCUGGAAUCCAGUUUUAGUUUCGCUAAAAAUGUUUGA